UUCCGACACUUGCGGGUAUAAGUACACAACCUCUGCCUCCUCCCACUCCUCAUCAGAUCAGCAGAUUUGCUUUAGGGUUUGAAGCGUCUGUUCUGUCGAGCUUCUUAGGUUCUUGCUCUCUCGAUUAGAUCUCAACAAUGGCGACAAACGGACAGAGCAGCACAAAGCCUCCGCCCACUCCUUCUCCUCUGCGCAAUUCCAAGUUCUUUCAGUCCAAUAUGAGGAUCUUGGUUACUGGAGGAGCUGGAUUCAUUGGAUCUCACCUGGUUGAUAAGCUGAUGGAGAAUGAGAAAAACGAGGUAAUUGUUGCUGAUAACUAUUUCACUGGAUCAAAGGACAACCUCAAAAAGUGGAUUGGCCAUCCAAGAUUUGAGCUUAUUCGACAUGAUGUCACCGAGCCUUUGUUGAUCGAGGUUGACCAGAUUUACCACCUUGCAUGUCCUGCUUCUCCCAUCUUCUACAAGUACAACCCGGUGAAGACAAUCAAGACAAAUGUGAUUGGAACACUGAACAUGCUAGGUCUUGCUAAGCGUGUCGGAGCAAGGAUUUUGCUCACCUCAACCUCAGAGGUGUAUGGAGAUCCUCUCAUCCACCCUCAGCCCGAGAGCUACUGGGGCAACGUCAACCCGAUUGGUGUUAGAAGCUGCUACGAUGAAGGGAAGCGUGUGGCUGAGACCUUGAUGUUUGAUUACCACAGGCAGCAUGGAAUCGAGAUCCGCAUUGCUAGAAUCUUCAACACAUAUGGCCCUCGUAUGAACAUCGAUGACGGGCGUGUGGUCAGCAACUUCAUUGCUCAAGCGCUCAGGGGCGAGCCUUUGACUGUUCAGAAGCCAGGGACACAGACUCGCAGUUUCUGUUUUGUUUCUGACAUGGUUGAUGGUCUUGUCCGUCUCAUGGAAGGCGAAGAUACUGGCCCCAUCAACAUCGGUAACCCAGGCGAAUUCACCAUGCUGGAACUGGCCGAGACGGUGAAAGAGCUGAUAAAUCCGGGCAUAGAGAUAAAGACGGUGGAGAACACGCCGGACGAUCCGAAGCAGAGGAAGCCGGACAUAACAAAGGCGAAACAAGUGUUGGGUUGGGAACCGAAGGUGAAGCUCCGGGAAGGGCUUCCUCUCAUGGAAGAAGAUUUCAGAUUGAGGCUUGGGGUCCCCAAGAAUAAUUGAAAUGAAAACCUAAUAUGCUUCCUUCUCUGUUGGUUUUGAGUUUCAUAUAUUUGCUGCUGCUGCUGCAUCAUAUCGGAAUCUUUGAUACCGGAGUCCUCUUUUUGGUGUUAUGAUAUAUGGUUCUUGGGUUUUUUUUUUUUUUUUUGCUUUCAAGUUUUGAGUCUAUGGUUAAUAAUUAAAAAGGUAUUUUUAUUUUA